UGGCUUAUAAACAAACAAACCUGGUUUUUCUUUGCCCCUUCAAAUUCCACUGACUCAGUGAGUACUCAUAAAGUUAACGCCUUUUUAUCUUCUUUCUACCAUUCAACACUUCUUCUCCUUCAACACACAAAUGGGUCGAAGACCAAAACUCAAGAACAAUGACAAGCCUGAAAAUGCAAUUCCUUCUACGGAGAUAUCUGAACAACAGGAUGUCAAUGGAAACAUAAAUCCAACAAAGGUGUUAGACUCUCAGCUUGAAAAUGCAAUUCCUUCUACAGAGAUAUCUGAACAACAGGGUGUCAAUGGAAACAUAAAUCCAACAAAGGUGUUAGACUCUCAGCUUGAAAAUGCACACUCUGUGUGUUCCCCACAAAAGCAUCCGAAUUCAUCAGUUGCCGAAGUGGAGUCAGCACAAGAACAAACUAAGCAGGUGAGUAAACAUCAAAAGAAGUAUGCUAAAUUCACAACAAAAAUGUCCAAAUACCGCAAUGUAUCUGUGAGGCGGUCAGAACGCAUUAGAAGCGGGGUUGUUAAAUACGGCAACUCAACGCAGGAAGUUGAGUGCAUUGUGGAUGUAGUUAGUGAUAGUGAGAAAGAUGAACCAGAAUCUCAAACUGAGCAAGUAUUACCACAGCCAAACCCCGAUACUCAAACUGGCCAAGAUGCUCAAAUUGAGCAAGUAUUAGUAUUACCACUGCCAAAUACUCAAAUUGAACAAGCAUUGCAAGAGCCAAAUGCUGAAAUUGAACAAUUAUUGCUCGAGCGUGAGCUUGAUCUCGAGCCUGCUGAAAAUAUAAGUAACAAGGGCUUAGAUGAAAAAGUUGACUAUGCCUUGCAUAAAAUAGAAGAUUUGUAUAAGAUCAUAGAUUUGUUGAAAGCCAAGGUUGGUGGAAAUGCUGCCUUAUAUGAAGCUUCGUCGAUAGCACCUAUCAGUUACCGGAGUAUGUACAUUGAUUCACAGAAGAAGCUUGAAGCUUUAGCAAAUGAAAAUCAACUACUUAAUGAACAGUUGGAAAAUGCUCUAAGCAAAGUUGAAAUGUAUGAAAAAGAGAAUCGUGCUUUGAACGAACUAUAUGAUAGAUUGAAGGAUACUGUUCAACAACAGCUUUCAAAUGUGGCAAAAUCCACCGAAGCCGCGACUCAAGAAAUCGACACUGCGUAUUCAGCUUCUGCAGCUAAAAGAAAGAGAAUUGAAGGUUGAUGAAGAAAAAAAGCUAAUGCUGCAUAAUUUCUUUUUCUGUAUCAUAUUUCAAACUAGACACCUGAUGCGCUUGGCCUAGAACUCGUGCCUAACUAUUUAAACUUGUUGUAUGGAUUUCUGUUGCUUUAAUUAGUUUAACAUGAUGUUUGUUUGUGGUUAUAA